UCAGGUCCGGUCCGGUUCGUCUCGGUUCGUCUCGUUUCCAUCUUGACAGCAGCGGCGGCUCGGAGCUCCGUUAGCCGUGAGUUGAGCCUGUAGGAGCGGCGGGAUGUCGGUGCUGAGCGGCCGGGUGCUGCAGCAGCAGCUGUCGGUCAUCAUGGAGGCGCUGACCCGGGCGGCGGUGGCGGAGAUCGUGGAGCUGGUGGACGGAGGCUACGCGGCGCUGCAGCUGGAGAUCAGCCGCAGCCGGCAGGAGAACCAGGACCUGCGGAAGAAGCUGCACCUCAUCGAGUCCAUCGUGGUUCGCGGCGGGAAGGCGGUCGAGGACGAGCCGAAGGACGCGCCGGCCGCCGGGGAAGCACCUCGGCCAGAGACACCGCAGCAGCACCGGGAGGGAGACGGAGGAGAAGCCGCUGCUGCUGCCGGAGGAGACCGAGGAGCUGCCGGGGCGAUGCGGGAGGAGUUUCCAGACGUGGUGCUGAUUAAAGAUGAAGACUCGGACAGUAACGAUGCCUUUGAGGAAGGUGAUAAGUCACCCGUUGAUUCGGCGGCUGCAGCCAGAGACGGCGUCGCGUCGCCUCUGAUCAGCCGGCGUAUGAGGCGAUGCUGGCGAGGGACCGAAGAGGUCGAGAAGUCGUCACCCUCCGAGCAGCUCAGUCUGAAAACAUCCAAACUGACUGCAGCGACGCCGAAGAAGCCCGUGUCCGUCUAUUCUGUGGAUUCUCCUCAGAGUGAGCCGAGCUGCUCCUCUCAACUGGGCAACGAGGUGGAGAUGAAGGCCGGAGAGUCGGUGUGUUCCUUCUCCUCGCCGAUGGACCCGGACGUCCACCUGGUCCAGGAGUGUUCUCUGGUUCCUUCUGCCUCCAGCAGGCCGGUGUACUUCAGCGGCGGCACCUUGAUCGAGUCUCAGUCGCCGUCCAGCCGAGCAGAACUGGAUCUGAGCGUCGACCCAGCGUGGUCCAAACAGUCGAAGGCUCAGAUCGGCUUCGCCUCGUUUCACCAGAACGAACACAUGGAUGCCGACGCCUUCGGGCUGAAGCUGAUCAGCGUCUCGGGUUCCACCUCCACAGACUGUCAGCUGUCUGAAGGCAGCAGCUCGACGUUCGAGUACGAAGACGGCGGCGACAUGAUGAACUUCGGCCUCUACCGGGACCAGUCGGGCCGAUCGCAGCUCUGCAACGGGCAGCCGGGAGGCGGCGCCCGAGGAAAGCGCUUCAUCUGCUCCAUCUGCAGCAAGACGUACGCCACGUCGCAGAACCUGGACGUUCACAUGCGCAUCCACACAGGCCAGCGGCCGUUCAGCUGCGACCAAUGCGGCAAGAAGUUCACGCAGUCGGCUCACCUGAAGUCGCACCUGAGCGUCCACUCGGGCGAGCGACCGUACGGCUGCACGCUCUGCUCACGAAGCUUCAUCGUCAAAUACAGCCUGAAGCUCCACAUGAAGAAAUGUCACCCCAACGUCUAGAGGAACUGGAGUUCUGUAAAUAAAGAAAAGUUACGUAAAGUUUUUAUAACGGUUCGGUUCUUACAUGUGAUUAUUUCCAGUAAACUGAAGUUCUUUGGUUUUGUGUUAAAGACAUCUUAGAGAGUCGAUGUGGGCAUUUUUUAUUUUCACUUUUUUAACGUUUAUUGACCAAACAUUCAAAUGAAUGGCAGGUUGUAGCUCCUCAUUCAUCUGUUAGAAAAUCUGAUGUAGUUUAACAGUCAUGUAAAAAAAGCCAAACAAAUGAGUUUGUGUUGUUUUUAAUAAACAGCCUCUGAAAUAGUU